AUGUCGAUCGAUACAACUUUAAAUGUCUUUAUUCGUGAAAUUGUUAAUCUGAAAGGGACGAAAGCAAUGUGCCACGAAGGAGGGUGUGGCGCCUGCAUCGUCGCCGCGAACAUUCAUGGGGACAUACGAGCCGUUAAUUCUUGUCUCGUUCCAAUAUUUAUUUGCGAUGGCUGGAAAAUUACGACGAUAGAGGGAUUAGGGAAUCGGCAAAUCGGUUACCACACGCUUCAAGCGGCUUUGGCCGAAAUGAACGGUUCGCAAUGCGGUUAUUGCUCCCCCGGAUGGAUUAUGAGUAUGCACAGCCUUAUGGAAAAGGGCAAAAUGACCAUGAAAGAAAUUGAAAAUUCAUUCGCUGGUAACAUUUGCCGAUGUACCGGCUACCGACCAAUUUUAGAUACUUUCAAGAGCUUCGCUACUGACGCACCGCCGGUCAUGAAGAGCCAAAUUAAAGACAUCGAGGAGCUUCAUCGGAUAAAAUCGUGCAGAAAUUGUCCGGAAAAGAUGUGCAGCGGUAAAUGCGAGGACAUUGAAAUUAUUUAUAAAUCGAGUAUUCCAAGAUUCAUUGAAUUACAUUUGAAAGAUAAUGUAAAGUUCUAUAAAGUUUUAACGAUAAAGGAUAUAUUUAUGGUUUUUGAAAAACAUCCAGAAGAAAUGUAUGUAAUUCAUGGAGGCAACACAGCUCACGGAGUUUUUCGGUCGAAACAUGUAAAAGUAUGUAUCGACGUCAAUGACGUUAUAGAUCUACAAAAAAUUGAAAAGGAAAAAAAAACCUUAACGAUGGGAGCUAAUAUUACUCUUUCAAUGCUGCAAGCUUGUUGCGAAAAAUAUAUGAACGAUCGUGGAUUUCGAUAUUUAAAACGUGUGGGUAGACAUAUUAAUCUUGUUGGAAGCAUAUCAAUAAGAAAUAUCGGAACAAUGGCGGGAAAUUUAAUGAUUAAAUAUAAAAACCCUCAAUUUUCUUCAGAUAUUUUUUUGAUUUUAGAAACUGCUGGGGCGCAAGUACAUAUACUUGAUGCGGUAGGAUCGAAAGUUAGUGUGACAUUAAUGGAAUUUUUGAAAAUGGACAUGAACAAAAAAUUAUUAUAUAGUAUUGUACUUCCUGCUAUAAAUAAAGAAUACAUAUACAAAACGUAUAAGAUUUCUCCUAGAGCACAAAAUUCCUAUGCUCAUGUUAAUGCUGGAUUUCUUUUCAAAUUAGACAGCGAUGGGAAGGUAUUGGAAAGGCCAAACAUGAUAUUCGGAGGAAUAAAUCCGGAAUUUCUACAUGCCACAAAAACAGAAGAAUUUUUAGUAGGAAAAUCCAUUUAUAAUGUCGAAGAUCUAAAAAAAGCUUUAUUUAUUCUUAAUUCAGAAGUGGAUCCUAAUUACAUUUUACCAACUUAUAAACCGGAAUUUAGAAGACUGCUCGCUGUAUCGUUAUUUUACAAGUUUAUCUUGAGUAUCGAUCCAGCUAAGGUGAGUCCCAAGUUACAAAGUGGCGCCGCGCUAUUGCAACGCGAAUUAUCAUCGGGAAAACAAGACUACGACACGAAUAGAAAUUUAUGGCCUAUUAAUAUGCCAGUGCCAAAACUCGAGUCGCUUUAUCAAACUUCCGGUGAAGCCGAGUACAUAGGGGACAUCGUUAUGAAGGAUCAACAAGUUUUUUGCGCAUUGACUAUUGCCGAUGCACCUGGAAAGAUUGAAAAAAUCGAAUUCGAUGAAGCAAUGGAUAUCGACGGUGUAAUUGCCUUUUAUUCUGCAAAAGACAUUCCAGGGAAAAAUGCCUUCCUCAACAAGGAUAAUCAUUUCUUCUUUUUAGAUAACGAUGAAUUACUUUUUGCAGAUAAGGAAAUAGCGUUUGCAGGCCAAGUAUUUGGAAUGAUUGUCGCUACGUCGCAAAAGAGAGCCGAGGAAGCUGCGUCAAAAGUAAAAAUUAUUUAUCCGAAUGGACCGAGGCAGAAGCCCAUAAUCACCGUCCACGACGUCAUAGCGAGUAACGAUAAAACGCGAAUAUCCAAACAAAUAGACAUACCCGCAAUACAACCAGCUGGAACUGAUAUAAAAUAUAAAAUCAAAGGUUCAUACGAGUGUGGACCACAGUAUCAUUUCUCAAUGGAAACACAAAUAUGUGUUUGUAUACCUGUUGAAGAUGGUAUGGAUGUUUUUCCAGCGACACAUUGGAUGGAUUUAGUACAAAAUAACAUUGCUACUUUACUUAAUAUUCCAGUUAAUAGUAUAAAUAUAAAAAUACGAAGACUUGGAGGCUCUUACGGAGCGAAACUCACGCGAGGCUCAUUGGUCGCUUGUGCUUGUGCACUCGCUUGCCACAAGCUAAAUCGGCCGGCGCGUUUGGUAAUGUCGAUCGAGGAUAAUAUGCGCGCUAUUGGUAAAAGGGUUCCUUGUUUCAUCGAGUACGGCGUCCACGUGAACGAAGUGGGAAAAAUUCAAAAGCUCGAUGCCACUUAUUGGGGCAACCUCGGCUCGUCCUUCAAUGAAAGUAGCUCCUUAUUCGUAGCCAAUCAUUUUUACAAUUGCUACGAUCAGUCCACGUGGUCUUUUAUUGGAAAUGAUGUCCUAACAGACAUACCGUCGAAUACAUGGUGUAGAGCACCUGGUUCAACCGAAGCUGUGGCAUCGAUAGAAAAUAUAAUGGAAAGAAUUACUAGCGAAACAAAAAUGGAUCCCAUUGAAGUUAGGUUGAAUAAUAUGAAUGAGACUGAUAGAAAAAUUUUAUCCGAAAUGAUUGAUGAAUUAAAAAAAAAGGCUGAUUAUGAAAACCGUAAAAUGGAUAUACAAAGAUUUAAUAAUGAAAAUCGUUGGAAAAAGCGCGGAAUCUCUUUAAUACCCAUGAAAUAUCCUCUUGGAAUAUAUGGUCAGCAUCAUUCUUUGGUUUCAAUUCAUGCACGCGGUGGUACGGUAUCAGUCUCGCAUGCUGGUAUUGAAAUGGGUCAAGGCAUCCAUACCAAAAUAGCACAAAUAGCGGCAUAUACAUUGGGAAUAAAUUUGGAAAUGGUGAGUGUGAAACCAUCUAAUUCAUUGACAACUCCAAACAAUUUUGUAACCGGGGGUAGUUUAACCAGUGAUACAUGUGGAUAUGCAACCCAAAGGGCCUGCAAAAUACUUUUAGAAAGACUAGAACCAAUUAAACAAAUGUUAGGAGGAAAUCCUUCAUGGCAGGAAUUAGUGCUAACAGCACAUGCCAAAAAUGUUGAUUUAUGUGCCUCCUUUAUGUUUACAGUAGAUCAACAGGAUCUACAAUCAUAUCUCAUUUAUGGUGCUGCAGUAUCGGAGGUGGAAGUGGAUGUUUUAACUGGUCAGCACCUGAUCCGUCGAGUAGACAUUUUAGAGGAUACGGGCGUUAGUCUAAAUCCCAAGAUCGACGUUGGUCAGGUAGAGGGCGCAUUUGUUAUGGGAAUUGGCUACUGGACCUGCGAAGAUUUGAUAUUCGAUCCCGAAACCGGAGCUUUGACAAAUUAUAGAACUUGGGUGAGUUUGUGUAGGAGACGAGGAAUUAAUGGUAUGCAACAUUCUUGAGAGGGGGGGGAUGAUGGGGGGGGGGGAAUCAACGGUGGUAUACUACGAUCGAAAGCUAUAGGUGAGCCUCCAUUGUGCUUGAGCUGUUCAGUUCCAAUUGCAAUUCGUCACGCUCUGGAUUCGGCGCGAGCCGAUGCGGGAAAUAAAGAUGUCUGGUAUCAAUUAGAUAAUGCUUUGACACAAGAGAAGAUUUUACUGAACAGCCUCACAAAUAUAAACGAAAUGAUAUUAUAGGUGAUACUAAUAUUGGUGAAGCUUGAAAAUCAAUGUCUCAUGAAACUUAACGUUUCAAGCGUUCCUUACUACAAUAAAUUUUACUUUUA